ACACUCCAGCAUUCUUCUUGGCAGGGAUGGAUGUUCUGUCCCCCUGCUCAGUAAAGCAUAUGUGUCUGUUUCUUUACCUAUUUAUAAGGUGUUAGGUUACAUCGAUUGCAGGGAGUGGAGUCUCCCCGUUUCCCGUAAGCUGACAAGACAGGGCAUGUGAAGUCUGUGUGUUCAUGUGCGUGUGUUUAAUGACGUAGCAGCGGCUGAAGCUGGUUUGGCAGGAUUUCUGAGGAAAGGGCGAGAGAGACAAGCAGAGGGAGAAAGGAGCUGGAAGCUUGAAACUAGUUUUUCCUUCAGUACACUUAACUUCUCUGCUGUUUCGUUAAGCUUCUCCUGCUGGUGUCGACCGUAUCGGCCGUUUCAGUGAAGUUUCAACACCGGGGUGCACUUGUGCCAGUCUCCCAGCAGCAGGGAUGAACUGGUCGGGACUGGAGAGUCUGCUGAGUGGAGUCAAUAAAUACUCCACAGCGUUCGGGAGGAUCUGGCUGUCUAUGGUGUUUGUGUUCCGAGUGCUGGUGUUCGUGGUGGCAGCGCAGAGGGUGUGGGGUGACGAGAGCAAAGACUUUGUGUGCAAUACCCGACAGCCCGGCUGUACCAAUGUCUGCUAUGACCACCUCUUCCCCAUCUCCCACAUCCGUCUGUGGGCGCUGCAGCUCAUCUUCGUCACCUGUCCAUCUCUGAUGGUGAUGGCUCAUGUCAAAUACCGCGAGGCGAAGGACUUGAAGUACGUGGAGAUGCACCAGGGCUCCCACCUGUACGCCAACCCUGGCAAGAAGAGAGGGGGCCUGUGGUGGACGUAUCUGCUGAGUUUGGUCUUCAAAGCUGGAUUCGACACAUCUUUUCUCUACAUUCUGUACCGGAUAUACCAUGGAUACGACCUGCCCAGGUUGUCCAAGUGUUCCCUCGACCCUUGUCCCAACACUGUUGACUGCUUCAUCAGUCGCCCAACGGAGAAGAAGAUCUUCAUGCUGUUCAUGGUCAUAUCCAGCGCACUGUGCAUCUUCAUGUGCAUCCUGGAGAUGUUUUAUCUCAUUGGCAAGCGCAUUGCCAAAGUGUUAAAGGUCAGACAUGAGAACGAGAGGCUCGUGUUCGCCGACCAACAUGAGCUCACCACCAUCGCUCCUCCCAGGUCCCAAUAUCGGAGAACCGAUCCAACACUGGCAGAGAGCCAACUGAGUUUAAACAAGAAGGAGAAGAUCAGAGAAGCUGGGAUGACUACGACACUGUAGGACCUACGGGAUCACAACAUCCUGGGUUUGUGAUGAUGGGUGGCCAACAGGAAUACAAGCUACCUAAUGGGUAUUAAAACUGAUGAAAGGGUGGUUCCUGUGUAUUGUGAUCCUGAGAUCCAGCUGAACAUGAAACAUUCAUGACUCUCUCUGGGAAGGGUUGGCACCAACGGCUGCUUAUGUGUUGUAUACCAUUGUUAAAGAAGAGGACUACUAGUGAUUGGAUAUCACAUGUCUAACUGAGUACCACUGAACUACGAGGAGAAACAUUCACAUCAUGCUGCCUUUUCCAGGACAAGUGAACUGAUGUGAUUGAAGGGCAUUGCUGAUCAUCAAUAUCACUUUUAAAUAAGGGUUCCAUCUUGCUGUAAAUACUGCAAAUUACAGCACUCAGUAUCUUCCUCGCUGUUAAUAGCAUUAUUAAUUGUCAGAGUGAGAAAAAGAUUGCCUCUGGUGCUCUGUGCAUUCAUAUUUCUUCUGCUAACUGGACCAAAAUGAGGCUGGGAAUGUAAUGAGCUGUUGCCCCGCACAAAGUGCUACACACCAAGAUUGAACUCCUCACCCUGUGACAGCUCCACUAAAUCUAGAUCUGGAAGUUUCCAGAAGCUUUCUGAUCAGACAGUUAGUAAGGUAAGGACAAGGUGCAGAAAAAGAUGAGAGAGUACAGAGGCUCACAUCUGCAGCUGAUUCCUUUGUGUGUCUACGAGGAGUUUGAACGAUCAGAAUUCACAUUACAGUAAAGUCAUUGAAUUUACAUCGAGAGUGUAGCUGUAGUUUUGGAGUGAUGUUAAAUUACGAGGUCACGUCUGCUUUUGUCUUCGGUUGAAUCCCCGCACGCACUUCUGUUUUGACUAAGCAUCAACUGGAAUGUGGUCCAAUUGUUUCUUUUAUUGCAGGCUGUUGUUUGCCAUUAUAGUGACAUAUUUAACUGCUUGUAAAAUAAAAUAAAAAAUACUGACUAUAAA